UCAGUGCUUUUCAACACCAUGGCGGACCCAGAAGCCCUGGGCUUUGAGCACAUGGGUCUGGAUCCUCGGCUUCUGCAGGCUGUCACGGAUCUGGGCUGGUCGCGGCCUACGCUGAUCCAGGAAAAGGCCAUACCUUUGGCCCUGGAAGGGAAGGACCUUUUGGCCCGAGCCCGCACGGGCUCCGGGAAGACAGCUGCUUACGCGAUCCCGAUGCUACAGCAGCUGUUGCACAGGAAGGCGACAGGUCCUGUUGUAGAACAGGCUGUGAGAGGCCUUGUUCUUGUUCCUACCAAGGAGCUGGCACGGCAAGCCCAGUCCAUGAUUCAACAGCUGGCUGCCUACUGUGCUCGGGAUGUGCGGGUGGCCAAUGUCUCAGCUGCGGAAGACUCAGCUUCUCAGAGAGCUGUGCUAAUGGAGAAGCCAGAUGUUGUGGUGGGAACUCCAUCCCGCAUAUUAAGCCAUUUGCAGCAGAACACCUUGAAACUGAGAGACUCCUUGGAGCUGCUGGUAGUGGAUGAGGCUGAUCUUCUCUUUUCCUUUGGCUUUGAGGAAGAGCUCAAGAGUAUUCUCUGUCACUUACCCCGGAUUUAUCAGGCUUUCCUCAUGUCAGCUACUUUUAAUGAGGAUGUACAAGCACUGAAGGAGCUGGUUCUACACAACCCGGUAAGAGGCGCUGAGGGAGAGUCUGGAGCUAUAAUAGGCAUGGGGAUUGUCAGAGGACUUUGUCCUUCUCAGAGGAAGCCUGUUGUCAUUGGAUCUUCAAACCUUGAUCUCAGCCUCCUGAGUGUCUUGGAUUAUACCAGUAUCCAGCUGAUAUCCUUAUUUCUUCAGCAGUACCUCCACUGUGCUCUGCUGAGCUGACCUCUCUGUUUGGCCUGCAGAUGCCACAUCAUCUCACAGUUCAACCAAGGCUUCUAUGAUUGUGUCAUAGCAACAGAUGCUGAAGUCCUGGGGGCCCCAGCCAAGGACAAGCGGCAGGGCCGACGGUCCAAAGGAGACAAGGCUUCUGAUCCAGAGGCAGGUGUGGCACGGGGUAUAGAUUUCCACCAUGUGUCUGCUGUGCUCAACUUUGAUCUUCCUCCCACCCCUGAGGCCUAUAUCCAUCGAGCUGGCAGAACAGCACGAGCCAACAACCCAGGCAUAGUAUUGACCUUUGUGCUACCUGCAGAGCAGUCCCACUUAGGCAAGAUUGAGGAGCUGCUUAGUGGAGAGGGUGAGGCCCCGGUAUUGCUUCCUUACCAGUUCCGGAUGGAGGAGAUUGAGGGCUUCCGCUAUCGCUGCAGGGAUGCCAUGCGCUCCGUGACCAAACAGGCCAUCCGGGAGGCAAGAUUGAAGGAGAUUAAAGAGGAGCUUCUGCACUCUGAGAAGCUCAAGACAUACUUCGAAGACAACCCCAGGGACCUCCAGCUGCUGCGGCAUGACCUGCCCUUGCACCCUGCAGUGGUGAAGCCUCACCUGAGCAAUGUCCCGGAGUACCUGGUCCCUGCCCCUCUACGUGGUCUCAUACAACUUCGCAAGAGGCGGAAGAAGCUGUUCUCCAGUAGGAAAGCUAAGAAGGCGAAGACCCAAAAUCCACUGCGCAGCUUUAAGCACAAAGAAAAGAAACCUAGACCCACAACAGUGCCCUCCUGAAGUUGUUUCUUGGCCUUGAUUGUGUGGGCUUCUCUACCUAAACCAGGCACGCUCUGGUGCUCUGCCUGGAGAGACUGAAAUCUGGAGUGCCAUCGUGCCUGAUAACAGAAUAAAGGUUCCAGCUGGCCCAGGUGGUGCCUCUGGCAUGUUGGAAAAGACUAUUUCCUCACGCCUCUGGAAUUGGAAGACUAGAAAAUAGCAAUUCUUGGCCCUGUUGCUGUAUGUGGUGCUGCAUGCGGCCCACACAGGUUAGCUGUGUGAAACUGACCCCAGGACAGCUCUGAGCAGCCCAUGCAGUAUGAGGCUGUGGGGGCCCAGAGCCCUCAGCCCAGCUCCUGUACUCCUACUAUCUACUCCAACUAUAAGGUUGACCAGUGCACCUCCAACAUAUCACCACAGAGAUGCAGAGGGAAGAGUUGCCCAUCCCUUAGAAGAGUCAGAACGCAGCUCAUAUCUGCGUUUCAGAUGUAUAGGUAGUGUAACACACACACACACACACUCCUGCUAUGUCCUACACACACACACACAACACACACACAAACACACACACCUGCCAUGUCCUAGUCUGAGCAGCUAGCUUCCUUCUCAGCCUGAAACCUCUGUCUGCUGGCUUUUGGACCAGGCUACCUCACCCUGCCCUGCUGGAGGGCCUGGGGCAUGAGUGCUCCAAGUUUGGUGUCUUGUCCAUGUCUGGUGAAACAUUAUACACAAACUAUUCCCUU